AUGGGUGAUCAUAAUAAUAUGACCCCAUUGGCCAUCGUCGGGCUUUCAGCACGCUACGCGCAGGAAGCGAGUACUCCUGAGAAGUUUUGGGAAUUUUUACUCAGAGGACGUCAAUCAACCACUCCGAUCCCAAAAGACCGAUUCAAUGCGGACGCAUAUUAUCACCCUGAUCUUGAUCAUGGCGGAACAUUUCAUGUCAAGGGUGGCCACUUCUUGUCGGAGAACCCUUUGGGUUUUGAUGCUGGAUUCUUCCGAAUCAGCCAAACAGAAGUCCUGACGAUGGAUCCUCAGCAACGACUUGUGAUGGAAAAUGUGUACCACGCUCUUGAGAAUGCUGGAAUUCCUCUGGAUCAGGCAAUAUCCUCCAAGACUGCUGUUUUUGCCGCUGGGUUCAACCAUGACCACAGGAAUCUUCUAAAUAUGGAUAUUGAAACGUCUUUAAAGCACAAGUCAACUGGUUCAGAGCAGUCCAUCAUUUCAAACCGGGUCAGCUGGUUUUAUGACUUUCACGGACCUAGCGUUACAAUUGAUACCGCAUGCUCCAGCGGUCUUGUUUCCCUUCACUUGGCUGCCCAGAGCUUGAAAUCUGGCGACAGUGAAAUGGCUGUUGUGACUGGUGGAAGUGUCAUUAGCCACGUUGGAGACAUUAUCGCAUUUAGCCAUUCUGGUGUCCUUGGCGCAUCAGGUAAAUGUUUCACUUUCGAUCACAGAGCUGAAGGGUAUGCUCGAGGAGAAGGGGUAGGAACUGUCAUUGUCAAGAGACUAUCGGAUGCCCUCAGAGAUGGAAAUACGAUACGAGCAGUCAUUCGCGGAACCCUCGUAAACCAGGACGGGCGUACACCGGGUAUUUCCCUUCCAAGCGCUCAGGCACAGGAAGCUCUUAUUCGCCAUCUAUAUAGCAACGCGAAAUUAGAUCCCAGGGACACAAUGUUCGUCGAAGCACACGGAACUGGCACGCCGGUGGGAGACCCCAUCGAGACUAGAGCUAUUACUAGCGCAUUUGGUUCGGAACACCGCAAAGAGCCGCUCUAUGUUGGCGCUUUGAAGGCAAGUAUUGGACAUCUUGAAGGCGGUGCGGGCAUUGCGGGUGUCAUCAAGUCGGUUAUGAUUCUGGAAGCUGGCAUCAUCACUCCAAAUGCCAAUUUCGAGAAAGUCAAUCCGAAUAUCCCUAAGGAUGAGUGGAAUCUUGAGUUUCCUACAGAAUGUAUACCUUGGCCCAAAGCAGGAGCGCGUCGCAUAUCCGUGAACUCUUUUGGAUUCGGUGGAACUAAUGCACACUGUAUUUUGGAUGAUGCAUACCAUUUCUUGCAGGAGCAAGGCUUGAACGGAAUCCACAGGACUCGCAUACAGGUGCCAACUAAGCUUGAAAUCAACCAAACUCUUACCUCCCUGAACAAGCUUUACGGGGAACUGCAAGAACUUACCAACGGAAAUAGGGAGCUAACUCAUGGAGAUACUAUCAAUGGCACGAAUGGGGAGAAUGAGAAUGGAAGCAAUGGUAAAAUGCUGAAUGGAGUCAAUGGUAACGCUGUGAAUGGGACCAACGGGGAGCCUGCGAAUGAGACCAAUGGAGAGAAUACGGUCGGAACAAAUAAUGAGACCAUGAAUGGGAUCAAUGGAGAAUCUGUGGAUCGGACUAAUGGGGAGCCCGUGAGUGAGAUUAAUGGAGAGAAUACGAUUGGGCCGAAAAAUGAGACCGUGAAUGGGAUCAAUGGAGAGGCUGUUAAUGACACGAAUGGGGAGACUGUGAACGGCUCACACGAAGUUCCGAACUCCUUGUCUAGUGGUGAGACAAAAGCUCCCCGACUGUUUAUCUUGUCCGCAUUCGACAAGGAAGGUGUAAAGAGAACUGCGACGGAUUUGAGGAAUUACCUUGCAACCAAAACUUCAUUGCUAUCGAAUGAUGCAGCGGAGUUUCUCAGUGACCUAGCAUACACGCUGUCCCAAAGGAGAUCAGAUUUCCGAUGGAAAAGCCAUGUCGUCGCAGACUCGAUUCCAGAGCUUGAAGAAAGUUUAUCCACUGUUAAAGCUCGACCCAAACCCGCGAACACGGAUCGUCCGCCUAGAAUCGGGUUCGUCUUCACUGGCCAGGGUGCCCAGUACUGUAGAAUGGGGAAGCAAUUCAUGAUAUACCCAGUAUUUCGAAAAAGCUUGGAAGAUGCGACGCAAUACAUGAAGGCGGUUGGAAGCCCAUGGUCGCUAAUAGACGAACUUCUUCGCGAACAGGAGACCUCUAAAAUUCAUAAUCCUGCAAUUGCCCACCCUGCAUCAACCUCUAUCCAAGUUGCUAUUGUGGAACUUCUAGCUUCCUGGAACAUAUAUCCUGCUCGCGUUGUUGGCCACUCCUCGGGCGAAAUUGCUGCUGCGUAUUGCGCUGGUAAAAUAUCUCGGGAGUCCGCAUGGGGAGCCGCCUACUACCGCGGGUUUGUCUCUGCAAAGGAACAAGGUGUCAAGGGAUCUAUGAUUGCUGUUGGCUUAAGUCAGGAAAAUCUGCAGGAAUAUUUGGACAAAGUACAUACAGCUCACAAAGGAGAGUUAGUGGUUGCGUGUUACAAUAGUCCAAGAAACAAUACCGUCUCGGGCGACGAAGUGAUGAUCGACGCACUAAAGGAGUUACUUGAUGCAGAAGAUAUUUUCGCUCGAAAACUGAAAGUCCAAAAUGCCUACCAUUCCUCCCAUAUGCAGAAACUUGCUGAAGACUAUCUGGAACUGAUGGGCUCGCCCCCUGCUGGACAGCUUUUCGAUUCUAAUCAUGAUAUCCAGAUGUUCUCCACAAUUUCAGGAAAGAGGGUCAAAGAUGUUGAACUUACCACUCAGUAUUGGGCCGACAAUAUGGUUUCACCUGUCCGGUUCACGGAUGGCUUGCGUUCUAUGAUCUUCCAUCCCGAUGACAGCGAUCUCGAGUCCGACCAAUUCGACAAAACCUGGAUAGACGAAAUCAUUGAAGUGGGCCCUCACUCCGCAUUGCAGAGCGCGAUUAAGCAGACAAUCGCUGCCACUGCCUCCGCGCCUCCAAUUUCAUAUAUGUCGCUGCUUAAUCGUCAAGACUCUACUCUCCGUACAAUGAUGGAUGCUGUUGGGAGCCUAAACGGCAAGGCAGCCCCAGUCAAUAUCUAUGAAGUCAAUCAUGGCUUCGCAGGACAAGAGGGAAAUAUGCGGACCCCGCAGAUCCUUGUCUGGCUGCCUCCCUACUCCUUCAACCAUGACGAGAGAGGCUACUACGAGAGUAGACUAAGCAAAAAGAUACGUUACCGAGAAUUUCCACGGCAUCAACUCUUCGGUGCGCCCGUCCAGGACUGGAACCGGCAGAAUCGUAAAUGGCGGCAUUUCCUCAGAACUUACGAAAAUCCUUGGCUAAAGGAGCACAUGGUCACUGGGCGUUGUGUCCUUCCCGCAUCUGCAUAUUUGACCAUGGUGACUGAGGCGGUAAGGCAAGUCACAGGUGAUGCAGUCAAACUAACUGGAAUAAGACUAAAAAACGUGUCCAUCAAGUCCGCCCUUGUUGUUCCCGAUACAAGAGAGGGCGUGGAAGUGUCCUUGUCCAUUCACCCCGUGAACGAAUCAAACCAUUGGGAGUCUACCGUUUGGAAAUGGUUCCAGGUAUGCUCAUAUAUCGCAGCUCACGACGAUUGGAUCGAACAUUGUUCUGGAUAUUUUUCCGUCGAGCACAAGACCUCUCCAGACCCUAUCGACAAUGGCCGUGAGAGCGAAGCAGCUACCCAGGCUUGGAAAGAUGAAAUUGAACAGGGUGCACAGAGUUGCCAGAGGCCCCUUGAUAUUGGAAAGCUCUUUGACAAUUUCGAGACGGUCGGCCUGAAAUAUGGUCCCCUUUUUAAGAACCUAUCCAAUAUCACCGCCAACAGCCAACAACCGGGAGUCAUAAUGGGCACCGCGACCACUCCGGAAUUGGCAUCCGCAAUGCCAAAGGGUUAUCUUGACUCUCACGUCAUUCACCCUGUCACAUUGGACAGCAUGUUUGUUUCUGGACUUGUCGCGAUCUGUGACCAUGGGCGGCAGACUGUUUUGAAACGGCCGAUGGUACCGACUUUCAUCAAAGAAUCUUGGAUUUCCGCAGACAACAAUGCUCAGGCAGGUGUUAAUUUCCGAUGUCACGGACAAGCCUCAUCGGAGGCAUACGAUUCCUACAGUUUUGACAUCAAAUGUUCGGAUGGAGCGGACGAUCAGCCACGGGUCUCCCUCUCAGGAGUUCGCUUCACUCCCUUAUCGGAUGAGGAUGCUUCGCUUAGCGGCACACAACAACACGGCUACGCAAUGGACUGGACGCUUGAUAUCGAUAUGUUGGAAUCACCAGAAUUUCACCAGGCAUUGUCGGUCGAACCGUCGGCGACGUACGAGGAGCAGCAAAACUUAUUCGAAAAGCUUCAGCUUGCAUCUGCGCUGCUGAUUACCGAUGCCCUUGAAGCUCUGAAAGGUACCCCCGUCAAGCCGCCGACAAGUCAUUUGCGAAAGUAUUACGAAUGGAUGCAUCUGAUUGCAGACAAUGCGGCAGCAAAUUCAGUGGUACAUGCCCCGCUUGAGUUAUGCAAAAAGUAUUCUGGGGACCCAAGUCUCAAACAGGAGCUUUACCAGGAAGUCGAAAAACUUAACAAGGAUGGAGAACUUAUGGUCCGACUAGGUUUGCAGAUUCCAGCAAUCAUGCGGGACGAAGUUGAUCCGCUGUAUCUCAUGUUUGGCCAAGACGACAUCAUGACCUCUUAUUAUGAGGAGGUUUUGCAUGAAGGCGACGCCACGGAGAACGUGGAUGCGUAUUUAUCUCUCCUCGGCGACAACUACAGCGAUCUUGAGAUCCUCGAAAUAGGUGCCGGAACCGGAAGCUUUGCUCGGCUUCUUUUAGGUAUUCUCGCCCCUCGGUCCGGAAAUGAGAGCACGGAUAGCACCAAUACAGUCGCCCAGUACACCUUCACAGAUAUUUCACCUAGCUUCUUUUCUAAAGCAAAAGAGAAUCUAAGCGAAUGGGUAGACCUUCUUACAUUUGAGAAGUUGGAUAUCGAACGUGACCCAACAACCCAAGGCUUCAGUGCCAAAAAAUACGACAUGAUCAUCGCGCACAACGUCCUGCAUGCUACACCGGACUUAGGAAAGUCUCUCGAAAAUACUCAACGUUUGUUAAAGCCUGGUGGCAAGCUUGUGGUCCAUGAAGUGGUCAGACCAGAUAUUGUCUGGCCGUCACUUAUAUUCGGUCUUCUAUCUGGCUGGUGGCUGUCUAAUGAACCUAAUCGCGAGUGGUGCCCUCUCAUCACGCUUCCGGAAUGGGACGCUCUUCUUCGUCAGAGGGGGUUCUCGGGGGUUGAAAUUGAAAUUCCCAAUUCGCGAUAUCCUGAGUUUGUAAAGCUCAGCACAAUGAUUUCAUCCGCUGUCCCAGAUUCCCCAGACAGUGGCCGUACCGCAACCGAUGUCGUGAUCCUUGCCCCUGCCUCUAGAGUUGAGCACGAUUUCAUUCACAAAUUACAAGCCGAACUUGCGCAAAAUGCUGGGGUUACAAACUGUACUGUCAUGCAACUACAUGAAUUCAUUGGAAAGGAUAGAGCGAACGUUAUCUGCAUCUCUCUUUUAGAACUUGAAACUCCCGUUUUGCUUGACAUUUCCGAGGAGGACUUCAAGAAUCUCCAGCAAUACUUUUCAACAUGCAAAAGAUUGUUGUGGAUAACAGGUGAUCCGGCCGCACAGCCGGCGUUCAACAUGAGCACCGGCAUGGUUCGCACGCUUCGAUGGGAACGCGAUGCGGAGAGCCCAAAUUUUGUUACCCUGGCACUUGGUACUUCCAGUUCUUCUCCCACUAGAUCAACCAUCGAUUUAGUAUCGAAGAUAUUCCGUUAUCAAUUCACCAGUGGGCAGAUGAAACACCAGAACGCUGAGUACCUUCUGCGGGAUGGGUUGAUUUACAUUAACCACAUCCUUGAUCAUCCCUCGGCAACCAGUUUCUUGCGUUCGCAAUUCUCAACACUCAGUCCAGAAUUGGUUCCGUGGAAGAACACCGGACGUCCAGUUAAGCUCCAGAACAGCACACGAGGAGUACUCAACAAGCUGCAAUGGGUGACUGACGCUGCUUCCGCUUUGCCGCUAGGAGAUUCAGACAUUGAGGUUGAUAUUUGUGCUGUCGGGCUCAAUUUCGUGGACCUUCUAAGUAUUAUGGGUGAGGGGGUGGGAGAUGUCGUCGGGAGAGAAGCGGCUGGGGUCGUGACCAGGGUUGGGCCAGGUGUCAGGCAUUUGCAGGCCGGCGAUCGUGUAGUCUAUCUCACCGACUCGCCCAAGAAGGGGACUUUCCACAGCCACGGCCGGGUCAACGAAUCGCUAGCUAUCAGAAUACCGAACAAUAUGAGUUUCGAAUUUGCUGCAGGGCUCCCAGUUAUCUACGCUACUGUCAUCUACAGCUUGACAAAUGUCGGCAGACUAGUUGCUGGUGAAAAGAUUCUCAUUCACUCUGCCGCCGGUGGCGUUGGGCAAGCCGCCAUUCAGUACGCCCAAGAAAUUGGAGCUGAGAUCUUUGCAACUGUCUCAAGCGUUGAAAAGAUGGAAUUCCUCAAGAAGGAGUAUGGCAUCCUUGAGGAUCACAUAUUCUCAAGCCGAGACACCAGCUUUGUUCAGGGGAUUAUGAGAAUGACUAAAAAUUCCGGCGUUGAUUUGGUUCUCAACUCAUUGUCCCAAGAAGCUCUGCGGAAGUCCUUUGAAUGCGUUGCGCCAUUUGGUCGUUUUAUCGAGAUUGGGAAGAAAGACCUGCAGGCUGGCGGCAAACUAGACAUGACUCCCUUCCUUCAAAAUAUCUCAUUUACUGGAGUAGAUUUACUUACUCUCGCUGAGUCCAGACCAAAAAUUGUGGGAGAGCUUCUCAAUAUGACCAUACGCCUGUGGGAAGAGAAUAAGAUCAAGGGAGCCCAUCCACUAACGACCCUGGGCUACUCUGAACUUGAAGAUGGUCUUCGCAUGUUACAGUCCGGCAAGAACAUUGGUAAAAUAGUGUUCGCACCUAACGAAAAGGAUAUUGUUCCCGUUAUCCCCGAGGUCAAUAUCCCGUACACAUUUGAGGCCAAUGCGUCUUAUGUACUCGCUGGAGGUCUUGGAGGACUUGGAAGGAGUCUGGCACGGUGGAUGGUGAGCCGUGGCGCAAGGCAUUUGGUAUUCCUGUCACGUUCAGGAAAAAUCACGCAACCAGUCCAAGAGAUGGUUGCCGAGUUGGAAGGGAAAGGAUGCGAAAUUCGAAUCUUCACCUGCGACGUGUCUGACGCAUCUCGGCUACAAGCAGUUGUUGAAGAGUGCCAGCAGACACUUCCUCCAAUUAAAGGAUGUAUUCAGGGUUCGAUGGUCUUGAGGGAUUCACUCUUUGAAAACCUGACGUAUGCGGAUUGGACGGCGACAAUCAAACCCAAAGCUCAAGGCUCACAAAAUCUCCACGAUGUCUUGCCCAAAGACCUUGACUUCUUCGUCAUGCUCUCCUCGCUGGCUGGAGUUAUGGGAGGCCGCAGCCAGGCAAACUAUGCCGCAGGUAACACAUAUCAGGACGCGCUUGCCAAACAUCGCGUGGCAAACGGACUGCGAGCCGCAAGUUUCGACAUCGGCGGCGUGCUAUCCGUUGGUUUCGUUGCCGAAAACCAAAACUAUGCUCGAAAUGCCACAAAGGCCAUGAUACCAAUUCGGGAAGACGAGGUCCAUGCAGUCGUGGAAUAUCUAGUCGACCCACGACACGAAAAGACCCAGAGCACUUGCCAGGUACUCUUCGGCCUGGCGACGAAGAAGUCUUCUCAAGAGCGUGGAGUGCCCCCUCCCGAAUGUUUCAACUACCCCUUAUUCACCUUGUUGCAGAAGACCAGUGGUUCCCAGCAGCAAGGGUCUGAAGAGACGGAUACCUACUGUGUCGACGCUCUACUCGGAGCCGCUAGGAGCAGAGAGGAGGCAGCUGAAAUAGCGCUGAACGGCAUACUGAACAAGCUGUCGGUGCUUCUAAACGUCUCUAGUGACCAAAUCGACCCGGGCAAAUCGACCCGUUCGAAUGGAGUUGAUUCCCUGAUUGCGAUUGAAUUCCGGACGUGGCUAGCGAAAGAGGCGGGGACAGAGUUAUCGCUCAUCGAUGUUACGGUUGGCGGCAGUAUCAAUGAGCUGAGCCAGAAGGUCGCAUCUCUAAGCCGGUUCGUCCAGGGCAAUAUCUCUGAUUCAAAGUAA